CAUCGUUUCACCGGGCGUCGGCAAUUUCAGGGCUGUAAACCCAAAUACCGAACACGAAAAUCACUCAAACAAUAUCUAUUCACUGCCAUCUUCCCUCCGCUGCGGAGUUUUGUACACUUCAUACUUCAGAUAAGUGUCAAAUAUGAAUAUUUCGUACUAGAUUAUAAACUAGUCUAGGCCGCUCAUUGCUCAAAAGUUGUUGCCGCCAUUUUACCAUCUACGAGUUUCUACUACAUACUCUACUCGCUUCUAAAUUUAUUGGCGUUUUAUUUUAUUUCCCCGCGUUCCUUUUAGAUAAAAUGUCAAGUUGAUGCGGAUGUUUGAAGGGUGAUGUGUUUUCUGGUGAACAAUUCUAAAUUUGUGAUUGUUGGAAAGUCGUAAGGAGUGAGAUAUUGUGGAAAGUUUAGUGAAUAUUCAGUGAGAGUGGAAAAACUGUGCGAAAUAGCUUUCCUAAGGCCGAGACAGUGAUAUGUUUUCCUUUUGAAUUUUGGGGUUUUUGAUACUUUGUACAAUGGACGAUCAGCGAUUUCUAUCGACGCUAUCAUUCUUCGCAUCAAUCAUCAGAAGGAGUUGUGUAUAUGACUUCAAAGCGUGGGACAAAAUUAGUUGUAUUUAAAGGUUAUAUUGAAGAAAUGCCAAUAACAGAUUAUCAAUAUGUUGUCGAACGGAAAUCUGAUAUUGUUCUCGAUAAUGAACAAUUAAAUUUUAUACGUGGCCAGCGUGGAAACUAUCUUACGACAUAUUGGUGUUGUCGUUGUAGACAAGUUGGCAAAGCAGCAUGUCGUGCUCGUAUAACAACCAUACAAAAAAUGAAUGGAUUGCAUAAGAUUAUUGUUACUAAACCAUUUCAUAACCACGCACCAUCGCCUAGAAUGUUGAAACGUUUCAAGAAAUUUGAUAUUGUUCAAUAAUAAAAUAAUGAAUUAGUGAUAAUUUGUUUCAUUUAGGGUACAAAUAUAUUGGAUUGGUUGA